AUGGUCUGGCAGCCGUUACAUCCCGAUGAGGACGUGUUUUUCAAUUUUGCACUGGAAAUCGUCAAUAAAGCUGGGCGGUGUCAUUCUUCGCUUUCUGGAAAACUCCUCCCUUACCCUGAGCAAGUUUUCACUUCCAUACACACUUGUUGUAUAUUGCAGCUGGUACGAGCUGCCUUCGAACAGCCCUGUGCAGAAGUGCAUACGAAAUUGUCGAAUACAGAUCUUGUAACAGAAACCGAUCAGGCCGUUGAAAAGCUACUAAUCGAGAAUAUUUCGAAGAAAUUUCCUGACCAUAAAUUUAUUGGCGAAGAAUCAGUAGCGGGCGGCCAAAAAAUUGAUUAUACGGAUGCGCCAACCUGGAUUAUUGAUCCAAUUGAUGGUACCACUAAUUUUGUUCACAGGUUAACUGAUUAUUACUUUUUUUUUUUUUUGAUUUUACGUCCUUCCAGCACAGCGGAGCAUGAUACCAUAGGUGUGAAUUCUGUGUUUGAUGUUUUAUUUAAUAUUAUCAAUUUAUCAUCGAAACGAAUGAACGAAUCGUAG